AUGUGCUUCUUCAACCUCUGCUCAAAAGACGAUGGCAAAGACGAUCUACCACCACCUCGUCCAGCAAAUAUGGGCCGAAGAACACCAGAGGCCACAUCCAGACUACAAGGAAGCAAAUUCGCCAGCGACAGCAGCAGCCGAAAAUCAUCAGACAAACCCAUCCACGGCUACGGCACAGGAUACAGCCCUGGAAACGGGUCAUUAGGGGUUGGUGGACCUCAUGACGGUAUCUACGGCGGUGUGAAUGGGGGAGUUUACUCAGGUGUCAGCGGAGGACCAAAUGGAGGAGUCAAUGGGGGUGUUUAUGGUGGUGUUUCUGGGACGUCGAGCGGUGGAGGGCUGGCUCCUGGUGGGAGUUAUGGAACGUCACCUGGAGGAGGAUACGGAUAUCUAUGA